AUGGUUAUCAGUGCGGCUUGGGCAUUCCGCGUGGGAGGGUUUAGGAAAAUAUAUGCGGACAUCAGGGCAGCUAGUCCAGCUUGUGCUGUGUAUUUGCAUAAGAUUGGUAUAGCUCACUGGUCUCGAGCACAUUUCCCCGGCGACCGGUUUAACCUGAUGACUAGUAACGCGGCUGAGAAACUGAACAAGGCAUUGAGGGGUGGACGGAAUUCUCCCAUAUUGGAGCUAUUGAAAUUCAUCCAAGAUAUGAUGACCAGAUGGUUUAAAGCUCGGCGGAUUAAAUCACAAAAACAUAGAGGUGCUUGUACGCCCGAGGUGGACAAGGUACUAACGGCAAAUCUGGCUGCUUGCAAGGGCAGCAAAAUCAAUAUGGUCUCUUCCUGGAGCGUGCAAGUCGUUGGCCUAUUUGGGGAGAAGCAUCAGGUCCUUUUGAAAGAGAAAAAAUGCACCUGCCGCAUGUUUGACAAGCUCAAGAUUCCAUGUGGACAUGCCAUGAUUGCAGCAGAUAGCCUGGGUCUUCCUUAUUCUUCCUUCGUAAGCGAGACGCUAAAACCUUCUGAAUGGGUUCAAACUUACGAUGAUCUUGUAACACUCCCCGAAGAAUCAGUUGAUUACGACCUCCCACCAGAAAUGGGUCAGAAAAACGUGAUGCCGCCUAAUACCCACCGGCCGUCUGGGAGGCCUAAAGAAACAAGGAUUCCAUCAAUUGGCGAAGUUCCAGCGGCCAGAGUUAAAAAAACUGUCCCAAACAAGUGUACCAGAUGCUUAGGAGUUGGUCACAACAGAGCCAGGUGCAAAGCUCCUAUUUGA